CACCCGCCCGAACCAUCCCCCUCCAACGCCUCCAGCAGAGAGAGGGACUGUCUCCUGGGACUCAAAUGGGGACAUCUGGACACACACUGGCCACUCUCCCGGGACCACCCACAAACCCCUUAUCCCCACCCUCCUAGCUGGCUGCAACUCGCCCUUUCUAACUGCAGCAGCACCCAAGACUGAAGUUUGUACAGGGAAGAAAGUUGAGGUCUGUCUGCCUCCAUUUUCCCCCCUCUGGCGCCUGACAAAGAUGAGAGGCCCUCUGGGGGGAACUCAGGACCCUGAGAGCCCCCUCCUGCCACCCCAGUGCCCUCCCCAUGCUCCAAGCCACCUCCCCCACAGCAGGGGCCUUCUCGCUUGUCCUGGGAGACCCAGGAGGCAGCCCAGGACCGGGCAUGGAGAUGCCAGGCCCCAUCCUGGAGCAGCCUUGGGGGACCUGAGCAUCAGGAGAUGAGCUUCCUAGAGCAAGAAGACAGCAUUUCAUGGCCAUCACCAGCCAUGACCACCAGCUCAGAAAGAAAUCCUGGGAAACAGGGGACUGAGGCCUCAAGAUGGACAAAGCAAGAGGCUAUGGAGGCGGGGGAGCUGCCAAGCCCGGGGGAAGGUCCACAAUCCAGGCCAGCUGCUGAAUCCACCGGGCUGGAGGCCACAUUCCCCAAGGCCACACCCUUGGCCCAAGCUGCUCCCUUGGCCAGAGUGGACACUCCACCAACAGAGAGGGACAUCCUUCCCCCUGACUGUGCAGCCUUAGCCGUUGGCUCGAGCACAGAUGAUCUGGAUCUGGGCAUAGAGUUCUCAGCCACAGCAGCCUGGGGGUGUGAGCUCGGCCUGGUGGAAGAGAGGCCUGCCCGGUGCCCAUCCCCGAAGGACCUGUUACCCAGGCUGGGCUGGGACGAUGAGCUGCGGAAGCCAGGGGCCCAGGUCUACAUGCACUUCAUGCAGGAGCACACCUGCUACGAUGCCAUGGCAACCAGCUCCAAGCUGGUCAUCUUUGACACCAUGCUGCAGAUCAAGAAGGCCUUCUUUGCGCUGGUGGCCAACGGCGUCCGGGCAGCACCUCUGUGGGACAGCAAGAAGCAGACUUUUGUGGGGAUGCUGACCAUCACAGACUUCAUCCUGGUGCUGCAUCGCUAUUACAGGUCCCCCCUGGUCCAGAUCUAUGAGAUUGAAGAACAUAAGAUUGAGACCUGGAGGGAGAUCUACCUUCAAGGCUGCUUCAAGCCGCUGGUCUCCAUCUCUCCCAAUGACAGCCUGUUCGACGCCGUCUACACCCUCAUCAAGAACCGGAUCCACCGCCUGCCGGUCCUGGACCCGGUCUCAGGGGCCGUGCUCCACAUCCUCACACACAAGCGGCUGCUCAAGUUCCUGCACAUCUUUGGCACCCUGCUGCCCCCGCCCUCCUUCCUCUCCCGCACCAUCCAAGAUUUGGGCAUCGGCACGUUCCGAGACUUGGCCGUGGUGCUGGAAACAGCGCCCAUCCUGACGGCGCUGGACAUCUUUGUGGACCGGCGGGUGUCUGCGCUGCCUGUGGUCAAUGAAGCUGGACGGGUCGUGGGCCUCUACUCCCGCUUCGAUGUGAUUCACCUGGCUGCCCAGCAAACCUACAACCACCUGGACAUGAGUGUGGGAGAGGCACUGAGGCAGAGGACAGUGUGUCUGGAGGGAGUCCUUUCCUGCCAGCCCCACGAGAGCCUGGGGGAAGUCAUCGACCGGAUUGCCCGGGAGCAGGUACACCGGCUGGUGCUGGUGGAUGAGACCCAGCACCUCCUGGGUGUGGUGUCCCUCUCUGACAUCCUUCAGGCACUGGUGCUCAGCCCUGCUGGCAUCGAUGCCCUCGGUGCCUGAGAAUAUCCGAGUCCUCACUCCCAGCCCACUUUCCACACCCGGAAGCCAAUGGAGGGGGCCGGGGAACUCGGCCUUCAUCUUCCCCCACCCCCAUCUGCUGGUUCGGCUCUGGUUCAGGCUUCUCCAGCCCUCCCUCACUGCCCUUGCCCUGCCCAUACUCCCAGAAGCCCUUGGGAAUGCCCAGUGCACCAUGGGAUGAUGAAAUUAAGAACAGCUGAGUCAGCCUGGAGAUCCCUGAGCCAGAGGCACUGGCAUUACCCCAGGGCCGACUGCUCCACGCCCACCCACAUCGCUUUCCCCCCACCUGGGUUGUGACCAGGCCCAGUGGGGCGAUGAGCCCUCAGCCCAUGGGUUAGCCAGGGGAUCUGGAUUCCUCA